AUGAUUUAAGAUAAAAAUCAACUAUUAGGGGAAACUAUAAAGAUGUAGCCGCAGAAAAUAAUGGUGCCCUUCUAUCAUCUGCCAGAAAUAAUAUUUUUGUUGUUUUAACUAUUGACAAUUGUCCUCUUAGAAAUCUACUCUAUUUUAGGAGUCCAACGACUACACAAGUUGGACAUAUGGGUGUAACUCUACAUGGGUAGGUUAUUAUAGAAUUUUAUAAGCUUAUGAAAUAAAUAGGGUGAGGUUUUGGAUGUAUGACCAUGAUGCCAGGAUCACUGAUAUACAAAUUUUUACAGUGGGAUAAGAUAGAAUAUCAGAAACUUAGAUAUUUGAUGGCCUUGUAUAACCUGGAAUAUGGUAGAAUUAAUUAGAUUUUAUUUAGAAUUUAGAUUAAGUUAUAAAAAAAUAUUUUUGGACAAAGAAAUUAAAUACAAAGAAAAAUCCUUUGGAGUGAUUGUGGGCACUGUUAAGUUUACUGAUUAAUUAGUUUCGAAAGUAAGAUUUUAUAACAAAGCAGGAAACAAUUUGUCUGAACAUAUGUUGAUAAUAAAAAUUUAAGCAUAUUACAGCUUUUGA